AUGGAGCCUGUUUACAAUUUCGGUGCUGGCCCGGCCAAAAUUCCCGAAUCCGUCUUGAAGCGCGCCCAAGUCGAGCUAUUAAACUAUGACAACACAGGCAUGUCUGUCAUGGAACUGUCGCAUCGUUCUAAAACAUUUGGCGGAAUCCUCGCACGCACCAAGUCCAAUUUAAAGAAACUGUUGGACAUUCCCGACAACUAUGAGAUUUUAUUCAUGCAAGGCGGUGCCACCACACAAUUCUCUGCCAUUUUCUACAAUCUGGUUGCAGCCAAGCAAAAGGCUGUUGGCGGUUCUGACAAGGAUCUGAAGGUCGACUAUUUCGUCACAGGUUCUUGGUCCAACAAGGCAUGCCAGGAAGCCGAGCGUUUGGCACAAAACACCAACGUACGCGUGAACCGCGUUGCCGAUGCAAAGAAGUUGACAGGCAAAUACGGACAAGUUCCGCCUCGUGAUACAUGGCAGCUGUCGGAUCCAGAACACACCGCGUAUGUUUACUACUGCGACAAUGAGACCGUCCAUGGUAUCGAGUUUGCUAAUGUGCCCGAAAAUGAUCCUCGCGUUCCCCUGGUUGCAGACAUGUCCAGCAACUUUUUGAGCCGUCCUGUGGAUGUCAAGAAGUUUGGUGUGAUUUAUGGUGGUGCACAAAAGAACCUCGGUCCUGCUGGCGUGACGCUGGUUAUUAUUCGCAAGGAUUUGGUGGUGGAUCUAGCUGAGGGUCCCUUACGUCCUCUUAUGUUAGAUUACAGAACCAUGCUUGACAAUGACUCCAUGUACAAUACCCCACCCACUUUUGCUAUCUACAUGGUUGGUCUGACUCUUGAAUGGUUGCUGGAGCAAGGCGGUUUAACGGCCAUCCAGUGCGUGAAUACGCGGAAAUCAGCCAAACUGUAUGAUGCCAUCGACAGCCUCUCUCUAUUCAAAUCACCUGUGCAGCCGGAUUCCAGAAGCAAGAUGAACGUCGUGUUUAACUUAACGACACCUGAAUUGGAAAAGGAGUUUUUAAAGGGUGCAGAGGAGAGAAACAUGGUGCAACUCAAGGGUCAUCGCUCUGUGGGUGGUGUCCGUGCCUCUAUUUAUAACGCCAUGCCCGAAGAGCAUAUUGACAAGCUUAUCGAGUAUAUGAAUGUUUUCCAGGAAGGACAUUAA